UGCACCGCGGCCCGUGAUGUUCCCAGCAGCUGACAGACGGUGAGCCUCCGCCGGAGCCGUCGGUGGAAGCUCCAGUAUCCGCUCCUCCGUAGCCUGCACGGACUGCAAACACAACUCCAGCGCUACCGGACACUGGACUCUCUACAGCCAAUUUCACCGCCUCUUCCUUUGUUUUUGUUUUUUUUUUAUUUUAAUUUUCUUUAUUUUUAGCUGGAAGAAAAGCCCAGCUGAUAUUGACUUUGCACUCAGACGGUGUUAAUCCUGAUUGGGAGCUGGGGACAAUUGCUGUCAGCUAACUUCCACAAUAGGUCGCUGCGUCGCUCGGACCGCCGCAUAUGUUUAAUUCCACCCUGGUAGUUUGACUCCAGCCCUUCCACAGCCGUGCCCAAUGCCGAGGAAUGGAUAGUGUGUCUGCUAAAGGUGGAAAGAUGGUCGAGAGUGAUGAGCAGCCGGAGAGGGAUAGCGGCGGUGGCGCAGCGAUGGCCGCGCUACAUCAAUGCGAACUCAUCCAGAAUAUGAUUGAUAUCUCCAUCUCCAGCUUACAGGGGCUACGGACCAUAUGCGCCGCAUCCAACGACCUCACGCAGCGAGAGAUACGCACUCUGGAGGUGAAGCUGAUGAAAUACAUCUGUAAACAGCUGCAGUGCAAGCAGAAAGUGCCAGAGACGGAGCGACCCGAGGCCCUGGACAGCUACCCGCGCUUACGGGACUGGCUACGCACCAUCAACCUGCGACCGGAGCUCAUCGAGGUGGUGGAGGCGAAGUUGUCUGUGGAUGCCUUGCUGCAGAUGACCGGGGCUCAGGUCAGAGACACAAUGAGAAGGCUGGGGUCCAGUUCAGAGGAGUGCGCCCGGCUCAGUGCUGCCCUCUCCUGUCUAAAGAGUGCCACUGAAUCGGGAGGUGAACUGAGGGAAGACGGCGUCCCCUGGCUGUCUGAGCCCACCAGGAGGGACAGCGGCUCUCUGCUCACCGCAGACCAGCUCUCCAACCUGGGGACCCCGCUCCGCGCCCACAGCCCCUCCCCUCUGGCCCGUCCGUCCACCAUCCACUCCACCCCCUCCACCCCCAGCGCCACCUUCCCCCAUCCCCGCUCGGGCUCCGUGUCGGCCGCGCCCACGCCGGAGGCGCUGGCGUCCCAUCUCCACGGCGACAGCCCUCUCACGGAUCCCUUCAACAUGUACUUAACCCGCACGGCCCGCCUCCACGGACACACCUCCACCCCGCCCAUCACGCCUCCUUCAAAGAGGCGUAAUCGACUAAAGCCCCCCUGUACCCCUCCGCCUCCGUCUCGCAAGGUGCUCCACCUCCUCCCCAACAUCACCCUGACACGCAGCAAGAGUCACGAGUCCCAGCUGGGCAACCGCAUCGAGGACCCCCCCACCAACAAGUGUGUUAAGAAGAACAGGUUGUUUCUGAAUAUGCAAGUGAAUGGGAAUGGAUGUGAGGACACGCCCUCCCGCUAUCCUGUCAUGUCCGCACGGACGCCCGGCGUCACCCCAGCCGCCCCCACAGCACCCUACACCUUACCCGGAACGCCCACCCUGCUGGAGGAGCACAGCACAAUCAAGAAUAAUGUAGCAGUGCAUCGCAAUUCCCCACAAGCAGUGAGGCGGGACAUCGGCCUCGCGGUCACGCACAGGUUUUCUACCAAGUCGUGGUUAUCCCAGACAUGUCAAGUGUGCCAGAAAAACAUGAUGUUUGGAGUCAAGUGCAAACAUUGUCGAUUAAAGUGCCACAACAAAUGCACAAAGGAAGCUCCUUCCUGCAGAAUCUCUUUUAUACCAAUCGCCAAAAUUCGGAGGACUGAGUCAGUUCCCUCCGACAUAAACAACCCGGUGGAUCGGCCAGCGGAAGCACCGCAGUUUGGGACACUACCAAAGGCUAUUACAAAAAAGGAUCAUCCUCCAGUUCUGAACCAGCUGGACUCCAGCAGCAAUCCGUCCUCCACCACCUCGUCCACGCCUUCCUCCCCGGCACCCUUCCAGCAGAGCAACCCCCCCAGCGCCACGCCGCCGCCCAACCCUUCGCCCAAAGGCCACAGGGACAGCCGAUUCAACUUCCCAGCUGCCUUUUACAUACAGCAGAGAACGCAGUUUAUCUUUCCCGACGUUUCCAGUCCUGCGCAUUUGCACUCCGAAGUCCUCCAAGACACUGUUGAAAUUGAGCAUUCAGUGGAUGACAUACACACAGAGCUGGCAGAGGAUGAAGAUGAAGAGGAAGGAGAGGAGGAAAUCGAGGUUGAAGAUGAAGAACCUGAAGCGGAGGAGGAGAACGAGGAAGACGAUGAAGACAACGAGGAUGGAAGGGAAGACGACGAGGGCGACGACGACGACGACGACAGGGAGGAGAUCAGGAUGAACGUGGGCUCGGACGGCGAGUGCGACGAGCUGGACGACCUGCCCAACUCCCGGGGGAACCAGUGGAAGGGCCCCAUCUCCCGCAAGCCCAGCCAGACCAGCGUGUACCUGCAGGAGUGGGACAUCCCGUUCGAGCAGCUGGACCUCGGGGAACUCAUCGGGAAGGGCCGUUGGGGGAAAGUCCACAAAGGUCGGUGGCACGGCGAGGUGGCCAUCCGGCUCCUGGAGAUCGACGGGAACAACCAGGACCACCUGAAGCUCUUCAAGAAGGAGGUGAUGAACUACAGGCAGACCAGGCACGAGAACGUCGUGCUCUUCAUGGGGGCCUGCAUGGCCCCACCUCACCUGGCCAUCAUCACCAGUUUUUGUAAAGGAAGGACGCUUUAUUCAGUUGUUCGAGACACCAAAAACACUUUGGACAUAAAUAAGACGAGACAAAUCGCUCAGGAGAUUGUAAAGGGAAUGGGCUACCUGCACGCCAAAGGCAUCGUUCACAAAGACUUGAAAUCCAAGAACGUCUUUCACGACACCAAUAAAGUGGUGAUCACAGACUUCGGGCUGUUUGGGAUCUCCGGCGUGGUUCAGGAGGGGAGGCGUGAGAAUAAACUCAAGCUUCCACACGGCUGGAUUUGUUAUCUCGCACCCGAGAUCGUGCGCCGGAUGAGCCCAGGUAACAACGAGGACCGCCUGCCUUUUUCCACUGCGGCAGAUGUGUACGCUUUUGGUACAAUUUGGUACGAGCUACAAGCGAGGGACUGGCCAAUCACCAACCAGCCUGUGGAAGCGACCAUCUGGCAGGUGGGGAGUGGAGAGGGCAUCAAGAAGGUUUUGGCGGAGAUCAGCCUGGGCAAAGAAGUCACUGAGAUCCUGUCCGCCUGCUGGUCGUACGACCUGAGAGAGCGGCCGACCUUCACCCAGCUGGCCGACAUGCUGGAGAAGCUGCCCAAACUCAACCGCAGGCUGUCCCACCCCGGACACUUCUGGAAGUCUGCAGAGUUGUAGCAGUCGCUCUGAAACAUAAGCAAUGCAAAACAAAGCCUGGGUCUGCCUUGCAUGCUCCUGAAUCCUUAACUCUCACAGGAUUGAUCAAAGCAUUGCCUCUGCCUGAAACGGGCGCAGCUUCCACUAAUCCGCACUCUGAUCUUCCAUGUCUAACCGUCGCGUUUUCUUGUGGGGGAGGAGAGGAUCGGUGGACUUGAGGCGUGGCACGAGUCGAGGGGGGGACAAUGGGGGAUAGCCCCCCCCCUCCCCAACCUCGCUCUCCCUCCAUUCGUCUGAUAUCUCUUUGGCUUCCCGUCCUGUGACGGCGGCGGUGUGUGACCGGCGUUGCUGUGGUCUGUGCCUGCCGGCGGCUGCGUCCUCGUCCGUCCUCCGUCCUCGGCCCGCUCGCCUUCUCUGUGCUGCUGCUGUGAUGUGGUCGCUCUCCCCCGGGGGUCCCGGCCGCACGGCGCUCGCUUCCCUCCUAUUUCUAAAACACACACACACACAGAAAUACACACUGCUGGACAUAAAAAGAAAAAGACCCCCACCCCACCAACUGGACCGCUCCAUUUAUCUGUUUCCCUCCCGACCCGACGGGUUUGACGUGCAUUUGACAGGCUGCUUGAGUGAUGAUCUCAAACCUACUGCCUCGCUGUUCCUCUCGGUUUGGUUUUUUUUCUUAUUUUUUGGUCAAGGUUGUGUGACGGCAUGUGCUGAUGCAAUAUGCACUUUGUCAACAACAACAAAAAAGUAAUCAUGAACUCUUUGUUUUCUUCUGUUGUCACCGUUUCUCUUGAGAUUGUCUUAUAUUUGCAGUGUUUUUACGAUCCUCUGCUCCUCAGGAGAGUCUCGGACAGUCUCACACUUGUAUGUUGUCACUUUGGAGUUAAAAAAAAAAAUGUAAAAAAAAAAAAAUCACUGUUUAUUGGAUGCAUCUGGAAAACUAAAGCACCAGUGAAGACUUUUGUAACAGCCGGGGGUGAAAAGAACCAGGAAACUGAAUACUAUUCACAGCUGACGGUAUUUUCAAUAAUAAUAAUAAUGAUAAUGUCCAUCUGUUGAAGUGUAAAGUGCACCUUAAAAGAUUAAGAGUUACUAAAGAUCCUCCUCUCAAGAAGCUGAGUGAUUUCAUUCUCGGCGCAAAAGAAAACACACAAAAAAAAAAAAAGGAGAAAUCAGGAACCUAGCGCAAAAGUGUCCUAUCUCUUCCUAAAACAGUACCUCUUGUGCGCGCUUGUGUAUACUGUUUGUGAUUGUGACGGCUUCAGUUGGCGUGCUUGUAUUUAUGUGUUUGGUGUGGGUGCACGUGCGACUGGGUGACUGUUCUGUUUGAAUAUGUAAGGUGUGUGUGUGUGUGUGUGUUUUUUUUCGUGAAAGAUUGCAGUAAAUGUUGUGUUGCAAAUCCAAUGGUAUGUCGUGUAAAUACAUUAUUUAAUGUACAGCAAAAUGAAACAUGAUUCUUCUAAUAUUUGUACAAACAUUUUCUAUGUAAAA